AUGAGCCAGGCCUCGAACAAGAUGACGGAGCACGCCGAGAACGCCGAGGCCGUUUACAAGCCGAGCGAGCACGACGGCCUUCGCAAGGACGGACAGCCCGACAAGCGCAUGAACUCGGAGUAUGGCUUCGGCGGCGACAAGGAGCUCGCGCACGACGCCGGUGUCAAGGGCGGAAAGAUGGGCCAGGAGGAGAUCGGCCGUGGCGGCCCUCUCGAUGCUUGA